AUGCUACAACUAUAUCCAAACGGCGAUGCCAUCCUCGUGGUCCACCAUCGGACAAAACCGUCCAUAAAAUGUCUCGUCUCAUCCACAAUUCUGCGCGUUGCCUCACCGUAUUUUGAAUCACUCUUUGGAUCCAACUUUAAAGAAGGCGCCGCUGUUCGACAGGGAGAGUGUCCCGAGAUUACACUCCAGGAAGACGACCCUGAGGCUAUGGAGAUUAUCCUCUCUAUUCUUCACUUCAAGUACAGCGAGAAGUUCUCUAGUCUCAAGCCUGCUCUGUUGGCUGCGGUGGCGAGACAAAGCGACAAGUACAGCUGCAACGUUGCCCUGCGACCUUGGAUUUCCACCUGGUUGUCCGGAAUCGAAAGCGAGUCUGAUCCCAAGGAUAUUGGACUCCUUCUCACGGCGGCGUACUUUUUCCGAUCGACUGAAUCCAUCUCGACUGUGUCAAAAGGAGCCGUGCCGCAUCUGAAUUUGGAUUUUGACUCUGAGUGGUCCAAGCACGAGAUGACUGCCAUCUUGCCGUUUGAGAUAAAAGGUUUGUCCUCUUCCUGA